GUCAGUUUGAUUUUCUCUGUCUUGUUUAGCGGGGGGAGAUCGUCGCUCUCCAGUGCCUCCGUCAUGUCGGGCCGCGGGAAGCAGGGAGGUAAAGUCCGAGCCAAGGCCAAGUCGCGCUCGUCGCGGGCCGGGCUGCAGUUCCCUGUGGGCCGCGUCCAUCGUCUCCUCCGAAAAGGUAACUACGCGGAGCGGGUGGGCGCUGGAGCGCCCGUCUACAUGGCGGCCGUGCUGGAGUACCUGACGGCCGAGAUCCUGGAGCUGGCGGGCAACGCGGCCCGCGACAACAAGAAGACGCGCAUCAUCCCCCGCCACCUGCAGCUGGCCAUCCGCAACGACGAGGAGCUCAACAAGCUGCUGGGCAAGGUGACGAUCGCGCAGGGCGGGGUGCUGCCCAACAUCCAGGCCGUGCUGCUGCCCAAGAAGACCGAGAGUCACAAGGCCAAGAGCAAAUAAGCCCAGCGAGCAAAAGCUGCUCAGACUUUUCCUAACAUAACAUUACAACCCAAAGGCUCUUUUCAGAGCCACCCACACAAAUCAGAAAAAGAGUUGUGUUGCUUUCUUUAUACAAGUGCUUUGGUGCUAAGUGUUUAUUAUGCUGCUGUUGUUACGGAGCUAACACCGUAUUUUAUGGCAAUAUCUUAAAGCUUUUGGUUUCUCCCAAAGAAAAGUGAUAUGUUUGCCUUCCAGCUCCUCAUCCUUUUUAAUAGAAGAGUGCCAGUUGUAUUUGUAGUGAUUUAUUGAUUGUUUUGU